AUGCUAUCCAUAUCCAAGAAUAUAGAUCCACAGGUGGUUGUUAGCGUGGUAUUGUUGUUGAAAAUUGCGAUUUUUGUAUCCAUCAUUGGCGCAGCAAUAUCUUCACGUUUGUUUUCUGUUAUAAGAUUUGAAAGCAUUAUACAUGAGUUUGAUCCCUGGUUUAACUACAGAGCAACACAGAAACUAGUCAACAGCUCAUACUAUGAAUUUUUUAAUUGGUUUGAUGACAGAACUUGGUACCCUUUGGGGAGAGUCACCGGCGGUACUUUAUACCCAGGUUUAAUGAUCACUUCGGCCUUCAUAUGGAAUUUUUUGAGAAAAGUUUUGAGAUUGCCUGUUGAUAUUAGAAAUGUCUGUGUUUUACUUGCUCCUUUAUUUUCUGGUUUGACUGCAAUUGCGACCUAUUUGUUUACAAAAGAAAUGAAAGAUGAAUCUGCAGGUUUACUAGCUGCAGCAUUUAUUGCAAUUGCUCCAGGCUACAUUUCCAGAUCUGUUGCAGGUUCAUACGAUAACGAAGCCAUUGCAAUCACAUUAUUGAUGGUUACUUUUUAUCUUUGGAUUAGAUCAAUGAAAUAUGGUUCCAUAUUUUGGAGUGCCGUAACCGCUGUUUUUUAUUUUUAUAUGGUUGCUGCUUGGGGUGGUUAUGUAUUUAUUACCAACCUCAUUCCUUUACAUGUUUUUGUUCUAUUAUGCAUGGGAAGAUACAAUCAUAAAUUAUACACUUCCUAUACAACUUGGUAUGCCAUUGGUACUAUUGCAUCAAUGCAAAUUCCUUUUGUUGGAUUUUUACCAAUUAGGUCAAACGAUCAUAUGGCUGCUUUAGGUGUCUUUGGUUUAUUACAACUUGUGGCAUUUGGUGAUUACGUUAAAUCAAAGGUUUCUUCUGUUCAAUUUAGAUUUUUUUUAAUAUUUUCCAUCAUUUUAAUUACUAUAAUUGGGAUUUUUGGUCUUGUUGGCUUAACUAUGGCCGGUUUGAUUGCUCCUUGGACCGGAAGAUUUUAUUCAUUAUGGGAUACUUCAUAUGCUAAAAUUCAUAUUCCAAUUAUUGCUUCUGUUUCUGAACAUCAACCAACUGCUUGGCCUGCUUUUUUUUUUGACACCCAGUUUUUAAUUUGGUUAUUCCCUGCCGGAAUUUAUCUUUUAUUUCAAGAAUUGAAAAAUGAACACGUUUUUGUCAUAAUAUAUGGUGUGUUAUGUUCUUACUUUGCUGGUGUUAUGGUUAGAUUAAUGUUAACUUUAACUCCUAUUGUCUGUGUCAGUGCUGCAAUUGCUUUAUCUAAGCUAUUUGAUGUUUAUAUGGAUUUUUCUGAGUUUAUCAAACAAAAAUCGAAAUCUGAGACAGUCAAAGCAAAUUCAAAUAAAUUGAUCAAGAUUGUUUCCAAAUUUUCUGUUAUUCUUACUUUUGGUUUGUACCUUGUUUAUUUUGUUUACCAUUGUACCUGGGUUACAUCCAAUGCAUACUCUUCACCAUCCGUUGUUUUAGCAUCAAGAGCUGCUGAUGGCUCUCAACAAUUAAUUGAUGAUUAUCGUGAAGCUUAUUACUGGUUACGUAUGAACACCCCCACAGAUGCCAAAAUCAUGUCUUGGUGGGAUUAUGGUUAUCAAAUUGGUGGAAUGGCAGACAGAACCACUUUAGUAGACAAUAAUACUUGGAAUAAUACUCAUAUUGCCACUGUUGGUAAAGCCAUGUGCUCGUCUGAGGAAGUUUCAUACGGAAUUUUAAAAGAAAACGAUGUUGAUUAUGUAUUAAUAAUAUUUGGUGGUGUUAUUGGAUUUUCUGGGGAUGAUUUGAAUAAGUUUCUUUGGAUGGUUAGAAUAGCUGAAGGCUUGUGGCCCGACGAGGUAAAAGAGAGGCUGUUUUUUACUGCUAGAGGUGAGUAUAGAGUUGACGAUCAAGCUUCUGAAACCAUGAAAAACUCAUUGAUGUACAAAAUGUCUUAUUAUAACUUUAUUGAAUUAUACAACGGUAGAGAUGGCAUUGAUAGGGUAAGAAAUCAAAAGUUGAAUCCUUCUUUAAGCCCUGAAUUGAACAUUCUCGAAGAGGCUUUUACGUCUGAAAAUUGGAUAGUUAGAAUCUACAAAGUGAAAAAGGAAGACCCUUUUGGAAGAGAUUUAAAAGAAGUUUCUCAAUUCGAUAAACAGCUAACAGGUGCUGGAAGAAAAAAAAGAAUUGUGAAAAAGCCCCAAUUAGACUUACACAUUUGA